AUGACCCUCGUCGAGCCGACCUCGCCGCCGACGAUCCCGACGCACCGGCGCCGCCUCUCGCUCAAGAUCCUCACGAGCCCUUUCCGUCGUACCCCCGACGCCUCGACGCACGACACCCGAGCCGACGGCUCGUCGUCGGCCGACGCUUGCGUCGACGAGGCGGCCCGUGCGUCGCCUUUGGAGCGCACCUCGACGCAGGGGUCGUCGACUGGGCCCAAGAAGCUUCGCCGCCGCAGCCUGAGCAACGUCGUCAAGCUGGCCAAGCCGAGCGGGACGAAGGACGAGCGUCUCGACGAGGCGGGCGCGAGGUCAACGACGGUCGACUGGGCGAAGCGCACGGCGGGUCACCCUCUUCCGCAGAGGCCGCCGUCGCUCAAGGUCGAGCGCUCGACGGUUCACGCUCCUCUCCUCGUCGAGCUCGACAGUCUUCGCAGCGGCCCGUCGACUUACACGCCCGAUCCACCCGGCCCUGCACGCCCCGCCGUCGCCUCCCUUCCUCCCUGCACGGGCCUCCCCUUCCCCUCGAGGCCAAAGCCUGCGGCCGCGCGCGGUCCACCACGCAGCGCAACUGCCGACGUCGAGCAGGAGCCCGUCGCGUCGUCCUCGAGCGAGCGCCGGCCGCAGCUCUCCCAGAGCUCGUCGCUCUAUUUCGUCGACGCCGAGCUCCUCGCCCCGCCGCGCUAG